AUGAGGAGAUCAGUCAAAAAUAUCAUCGUACUCGCCGGAGCUGGGAUCUCUACGUCGGCGGGGAUACCUGAUUUUAGGAGUCCGGAGACGGGUCUAUACGCAAACCUGAAACGGUUCGAUUUGCCCGUUCCUGAGGCCAUCUUCGAUAUCGGAUUUUUCCGGGAGAAACCAGAGCCAUUCUACGUCCUUUGUAAAGACCUGUACCCAGGGAAACAUCUUCCUACUCCGACGCAUUACUUUUUCAGGUUGUUACAGGAGAAGGGAAAACUGUUAAGGAUAUUCACGCAGAAUAUCGACACGCUCGAACGAAUCGCCGGCAUCCCGUCGGACAAGAUUGUCGAAGCGCACGGAUCAUUCGCGACCUCACAUUGUAUCUCGUGCCACGCCGAAAUGGGCGAAGAGGAGAUGCGGCAUGCGGUAGAGACAGGCGGAGGCAAGCCGGUCAGGUGCGAACGGUGUGGGGGAUUGGUCAAGCCGGAUAUCGUUUUCUUUGGCGAAGGUCUACCUGAGCGGUUCUUUGACUUGGCGGUCCAGGAUCUACCGAAAUGUGACCUGCUCAUUGUCGUUGGGACAUCGCUAAAAGUGCAUCCAUUCGCAUCGCUCGUCGAGAGGGUCCCACGGACUUGUCCGCGGUUGUUGAUCAACCGGGAAGCUGUUGGUGAAGCAACAGGCUGGGGAGACAGGGGGUUCAGUUUCAAAGAGGGAUCUCGGGAUCAGUUCUUCCAAGGCGAUGCGGACGCGGGUGCCAAAGAGCUGGCUAGAGGGUUGGGGUGGCAAGAUGAGCUGAACAAUAUGGUCGAGACGCAGCAGCGCGAACUUCGAAUAAAAUGGGGUCUUGAGGAAAGUUCGCUCGAGCCGUCUGCGCAGACAGCUGUCAAGCCAGAGGACAAGAUUGACAAGCUUGCGAAAGAGCUCGAACAGGCUGGCCUUUGA